AUGUAUGUGAAAUGGUUUGAUACAGGAAUGUUAUACUAUGUGAUUUUAGUGUAUUUAGUGAAUGUCACUUUUUGUCAUUUUCAAAUUUCCCACCAGUUCCGUCCCCCGUACGUCCCGACGUCGCAGGGAACGGAACCCAGAUGACAGAUGGACAUUGCCGGGGGGACGCUGCAGGGGAGACAUCGCGGGAGCGCAGGACAAGGUAAGUGACCAAGGGAUCACGGAGCAACGCCGCAUGGUAAGCCCGAGUGUAGCACGGGGGGGGGUAACCGCUUGUGCUACACUCGGGAAUACCGCCAGGGGGGUU